CACGACACGCUUCGAGCGGCACGCAGCGAGCAGCAGGAGCAAGCAACGACGACGCGCGCACACGACUCCUCACUGCUGCUCCUUUGACGUGCCAGCGGCGCCACAAGCAGAUCCCCCCCACGUCCCCGUGGCCCCUCCCCCGACAACACACCCACACCCACACACACACCCCGCGCGCGCAACGCCAACAAACGUGACAGUGACUACCUCCCUGUUUGGACUGCCUGCAUCCAUCCACCCCACCCACACACACGCCGCCGUGGCCGUGGAUGCACAGGCGCCUGGCAAGAAGAAGCCGAACCGCUCAGCACCAUGAGAAGCGGGUCUGACGAGUCGUUUCUUCCCCAGAUUGUCGGGCUCUUCUACACCGACUUUGACACGGUCGCGGGCCCACAGGUCCGGCACCAGGUGCCCGAGAAUCUGAUCACUUCUCCAGGCCAGGACGCAGGUGCGCCGUCGCGCUCCGUCUCGCGCUCGCGCUCGAGACCACGCUCCGGAUCACUGAGGCAUGCGUCGCCUGUCCGCCCAGCGCAGCGCUCGCAACCCAAGCUGCUCGACUUCUCGUCGAUCGCAGAGUUUGUCAUCCCCAAGCCGCCGCUGUUUGGCAAGCUCGUGAGCUGCCGUGCACCGGGCGCGUGGGACGUCGGAGACGAAGGCCAACGCAACGAGUUUGAGUUUGACGAGCGGGGGCGGCCAGAGUGGGACGCAUCGAACAGAAGAGGCAAGCACGAGUACAGAAUCAUCGGGCUCGCGAGCGUGCUGGGCGAGGAGACGAGGAAGUACGACCGCAACCAGUACAUCUGGAACCUGUGCUUUGUCUUCCGGGCAACUGCCAGACUCGAGGCGUUCGAGCCCGUCGUGCGCAAGGUGGCGCGCAUUCUGAGGAGUGCAGAGAUUGAAUCGGCGUACCUCUCCAAUCCGAAGCCUGAACACACGCCGACGCUCGCGGUGCUGGAACAGCUGUUCGAGGACCUCAACUCGUACUCGGAGACGUCGAUCCCGCUCGAUGGGUUCAACACACUCGAACUCAAGCUCUUUCCCUUCUAUCCCAACCCCCCGGACGUCACCGACUGGGACGUUCCAAUCGCCCUCGUUAACAUCAACGAGCUCAAGGAUGACAACUGGGAUAUCACAGCCGCGCGCGUGGCGCAGCACAUCAACGGCAUCAACCACUCCGCGCGCAUUGCUCAGCUCGCUGACGCCGACCCCGCCCUCGUCCGUGAAACGCUCAGGCACAUGCUCUUCUACCAGGUCAUCAUGAUGGUCGACAUCUUCCAGUACUCGAACAUGUACGCCGUGACCCCGGCGUUCCCCCGUCUCACUGCCGACGAGACGGUCAUGGAGGAGUGUGGUCCCUAUGUCACGCGGGCUGGCUCGCCAGUGCUCGACUGGCCGAUUCUCGCGGCGCUGUAUACCAAGCUUACACCGGGCACGACAGUGCAUCAAUGGUGUGAGGCCAACGGCAUCGUUGCCAAGGGUAUCGACCCACGCCGCUUCACGUCCUUUGGCAUCAUCAAGGGGUUCCUCCGGCGCGUUCAGAGAUGGCCUGUUAUUGUCGACCGCACGGCACCCUUGCUACUCGGCUCGGGGUUGGGCCCAGGACCUGCGACGCUGGCCGUCGGCGCCGCUGCGCAGGGCGGGCUGGGUCCCCCCGUUUCGCACGAGCCAAGUAAACGCCGAGUCGGGUUCCAGCACUCUGCAGGCCAAUCACGCGGCGGCGACUCGACAUUCUCCCGCGCGCAGACACUGGCGGGCGACUCGCAGUUUACUCUGCGGUCAACGGGGUCUGCAACGUCGAUGCAGCUCGGCGCGUCGCCCUCUGGGAGCACGGUUGGCAUCGCUCCCCGGACGCCGCCCUCCGUGGUGGCGAGGUCGCCAGGGCGCAAGAUUGGUCUCGGCGGGCGCGCGGACAACACGGGCCGCAGCUUGAACUCGGCCGCCGACACGCACCCGUCAAUAUCGAGCCGGCGCACGAACGGGAACGGCACACUGCGCUCAGGCGGGGGCGCCGCGGGGAUCAGCUCGUUCCACAGCAUCGCUGCGGCCCGGGCGCGUGACGGCGGCCGUCAGUUUGAGCGUGAAGACGAGCUCAUCGGCUACCUCGAUGGCAACCACCACGCCGACGAGAUUCAAGUGCGCAUGGGCAUGAGCUGGACACAGUUGGAGAAGGUGCUGGGUCUCGACGUACUCGACGACGGCGUGGGUACGAAGGGCGUGGCGGUGGUGUACAGGUAGAGGCAACUUUCAUUGCAUCAUAACAUUUUGGC